GCGGUUCUGGGCGGGGAGACGCGUAUCGCGUAGCGCGAGGGCAAAGGGCGGUUACCCAACGGCCUUCGCUUUCAUGGCGUCCUCCUUGGUGUUACCUAAAACUAAAGCCAAGUGUGAUUAGAAGGCAAUACAAAAGCUUAAGGAAAACCUCAGCAGUUGAAACCGUGAUGCAGUUCAGCAGAGAAGUAGCUCGUGUCCUCGUAAAAUGAGUGAAGUUCUCACGGACAACCUCAUUGAGAUUUAAACCUCAGACACAGGGAGUUGACCUGUUCACCUUAAAAUCCUCUGGGGCACCUGUUACAGUGUCUGUACCAAGGAGGUAAUAAAGAACAGGGGAACAGACUGGAGCAGAAGGACCACUCAGCACAGCCAAGCCAGAUCCUGACCCUCAGAGGCCUGAUGUGAAUGCUUAUGGCUUCAGUCCGUUGGAUUCUGCAGUAACCUGCCAAUCUACAAUAUUACCACGCUGUCGCAGAACCUGAGCGAGGCCGGAGGCGCAGGAGGACCAAGUUUGACAAAUAUCAAUACAUGAUUCUUAUAGAGGCCUUCCAAACAGACCCCUAUCCUGGAAUUACUGUCAGAGAAGAACUGGCCAGAAAAACACAGAUUCCCGAGCCACAAAUCCAGGUUUGGUUUCAGAACCGGAGAGCUCGUAUACCGAAGAGAAGCCAGAGGAGGCCCAGCGUGGAGGCAGCCUGGGCGCAGACCCCGAUCCUAGGCCCCGGUCAGUGCGGUGUGCUGGCCCCUGACUACUCCUGCCAGCAGGGCUUCCCAGGGGUCCCGAGCAACGUGGGCAGCUUCUCUUGGGAAUCGGGGGUCGCUUCGGGCCAAACUCUCCUCUGGGGGCACGCUGGUGUCCCGGGCGCCAAUGUGGCCCCCGCUGACCAGGAGAUGGCAGUCAGCGCGCCGGGCCAGCCUUACGCAGACGUCCCUUGCUCUCUGACCUCGGGCUCAGCACUGCUUCCAGGUCCCACUUGCCACCAGCCCUUGCCGCACCUGGAAGCUGACAGUGCUGGGCAAGUUCGUUCCGGGGCACCGGGCUUGCUCUUCGCGCCCGGGGCCUGGGUCCUGCGGGAGCCAGGGCCGCGCCUUCCCGCCGCAGAGCAGCAGCCGAGGUGGGGCUGGGAGCCAGGGGAGGCGCCUGGGUGCUCGGGGACCUGGGACGAACCCUCUCCGUCCCCGCCCCAGCAGCUCUGGCCCCACCCCGCGUCCUGGGCUCUUUCCUGGCGGCAGCCACAGCCACAGCCUUCGCAGGGUCUCGCUGAGCGCUAGGAGCAGAUUCAUUCUCUUCCUCCUGAAUCCAACCCGCGCGGGAGGCCCCAGCAUCCCCGCCCCAGCGGCGGCUGUGGGGUCUGCACCUCUCGGGGCUGCACAGCAAACCCCUGGAAAUGACCUGUCAGUGUCGGGCGAUGGGAGACAGAUGAACCACGCUAGGGCUCAUCGUGAGAGUUCACGUUAGGGAAACUGAAGAGGAAUAUCACGAUUUAUAUAACUUUGUCAUAGAAAGGGUCCCAGACGUACUUUUCAGGGAAAUGAAGCUGUUAGGGCGGAAGGGCCUCGGGGUGCAUGAGACCUAGGGGUUUUCCUUAGAUAGGAUAAGAAAGGAUUGACUUUAUAAACUCGUCUGUCCUUCCAUUUAUUAACCGUGUAAACAUGGAGCACUUACAAUGUACAAGGUCCACUAGAGAGAAGGGGCACGGCAAGGUGAGGACAACUUCGUAGAAAUGUAUUAUUUUGUAAUCAGUAAAGAGCAAUGAUUUCUACUCGCCA